AGGGCUCAGCAGGGGCGUACCCAGGAAGUACCGCACUCAACCCUGCUGCUUUGGCCCGAGCGGGGGUCCUGUUGCUGGUGCUGAUCAUGUCGGCUAGAAACCCGGGCACAGAGCUGGACCUUGGCUCGAUCUCAAGAGUGCAAGUGAAUCAACCUGCAGUUAUAAGGCAUGCAGAACAAAUUCAGGCACGAAGAACUGUGAAAAAGGAUUGGCAAGCUGCUUGGCUACUGAGAGCUGUCACCUGCAUAGACCUCACCACCCUCUCAGGUGAUGACACCCCUUCAAACAUUCACAGGCUUUGUUACAAAGCCAAACAUCCAAUCAGAGAGGAUCUUUUGAGAGCUAUGAAUAUGCAUGAUAAAGGUAUUACUACAGCAGCUGUCUGCGUGUAUCCAGCUAGAGUAGCUGAUGCUGUUAAAGCACUCAAGGCUGCUGGUUGUAACAUACCAGUAGCUUCAGUGGCAACUGGGUUUCCAGCUGCACAGACUUCACUGAAAAACCGAUUAGAAGAGAUUAGGAUAGCAGUGGAAGAUGGUGCCAGAGAGAUCGACAUUGUAAUUAACAGAACCCUUGUGCUGACUGGCCAGUGGGAAGGCCUCUAUGAAGAGAUCCGUCAGUUUCGUCAGGCCUGUGGAGAUGCUCACAUGAAAACAAUCUUGGCAACAGGAGAGCUUGGAUCACUUACCAAUGUCUACAAAGCCAGCAUGGUAGCGAUGAUGGCAGGUUCUGAUUUUAUUAAGACCUCUACAGGAAAAGAAGCAGUUAAUGCCACCCUUCCAGUAGGCAUAGUCAUGGUGCGAGCUGUUAGAGAUUUCUACUGGAAAACUGGCAACAAGGUUGGAUUUAAACCUGCUGGAGGCAUUCGUAGUGCAAAGGAUGCUCUUACCUGGCUCGUAUUGAUGAAGGAGGAGCUAGGAGAUGAGUGGCUGAAACCAGACCUCUUUCGCCUAGGUGCCAGUACUUUGCUGUCCGAUAUCGAGAGACAGAUUUACCAUCAUGUGACUGGCAGAUAUGCAGCUUACCAUGACCUGCCAAUGGCUUAGCCAUAUGAGUAAUUCAGGAUGACUUUUAUAAAGAGAAUUUUAAGAAAAUAAUGUCCUAAAGUCUUUCCUGCAACCGAGUCCAAAAUUGCAUAUAAAAGAACCAAUUCUCUGUCUUCAUAUUUUUGUUGUAUUUAAAAAUAUGUUCAAGUCUAGUCGGUGGUGCUUGAGCCAAAAUGGGGGGAUUUGGAGGGGUGGAAAGUAAAUCUGAAAUAGUUAGUAAAGAUUUGCAGUGUUAAUAACAUAAAGUCUUCCUCAGACCAGCUUGAAAAGCAUAUCAGUGGCAAUGAUAACAUUGUAAUACUAUGAAAAAGUUUUAAAUUGCCUAGUAAUGCUUUCCAGGAGCCGAAUAUGAAGUAUCUGUGGAAUGCUACAGAUCUCUAAUUACUUUCAAGAGCUACAGAUUUUGCAUUUUUUUUCCAUGUCAGUUAGUCUGCAGCUUUAGCCAUAGACAUGUUGCUCUAUUAAUUGUUACUUUAAUUAUAUUUCAGACACUGUAAUCGGAGACAAUGAAACUUGGCUAUUAUUUUUAAAAUAAAAUGUCAUUAUAGCUAAAGCCAAAUUUUUCAAACUUGAGUAGUUAUAGUUAGGUAUCUACAUCCCUGAUUUCCAGAACAGCUGAGCAGCCACUGUUGCUACUGAUGUUAAUGAGAUCAGAACCACUGGAAAUCAGGGAAUCUGUAUCUCGAUGCCUAAAUAUACAUUCAGGUGCCUAUCUUUAGACACUCAAGUAUGAAAAUUUCAGCCUAACUUGCUUGGCAAAAACCUAAUUUUUAAACAUGUUCAUGCAGAACUUUGCAUUUUAAUGUACAGGUUCAGAGUGUCAGUGUCUGAAUGUUGCUGCUGUACAAGAACUUACAGGCUGAGUUUUCGACUUUGUCUGUCUAAAAACAACUUACUUUUGACAUUUUUAAAAUGUAUAUGUAAAAAAAUAAGUUAUUUGAGAGGUAUCCUAUACAGGGCUGCUUCCUGUCUUUUACACAUUGGGUAAAGUAGUGUUUACACUUACAGCACCGUAACAAUAAUACCCAACUCACUGCCCAUCUGCUGAUCAAACUUCAGUGAGUUGAAUGUACUAUGUCAUCACUGCAUUCUUCUUGGUAAUUAGAAAUAUGGUAAAUCUUUAUCAUCUCAUUACUGUAACUAGUCCCACUGACUUCAGCGGGACUAAUCAUGUGAUUAAGGUGGGAGGGAUUUAGCCACAUAUCAAACUGCUAGUUUCAAGGAGAUUC